AUGGUCUCUGAUAUUCUGGAUACAACAAAUGAAGACCCUGAUGAGGAUGUCCAGAUUGAAGGGAAUGUGCAGCCAGAGGGGAAUGCAGAGCCCAUAUUCAACAAUAUUAUUAAUGCCAUCACAACAGUGUCAAAAAUGCCAAAUGGCCACUACAGUAUUAUUGGAUUAUUGAUCUCUGGUCUCCAUCUCAAAGUGGUGAGGGCAUUCAUGCAUCCUAUCAAACUACCAGAUCAUAUUAAUAUUGAGAAGCUUUUGGAUAUCCUGGAACAGCUCCCAAGUAACAAGCUUGUUGAAGCUUCAAGCCAUAUACAGACAACUGGAACAACUGGUGUUCUUUUGUAUCUUGCUCAAGUGGUUGAGUCUGGAGAGUGUGAAGUUACACAGUCAGUCACAUUGGCAGAGCUAAUAGGCAAAGAAGGAAUGAAAAAGGACUUGGCAUCAGAACAGGCAGCUGUGACUGGCUUUCAAGACACAAACCUCACAGAACGGGAUGUGGACAUUCACUUCCUCAAACCUUUUUUUGACAAUUUAUUGACAGAAAUUGCUUUAAAAUCAGUGACAAGGGAGAGUCAUAGGCCUCAAGAUAUCAGCAAGCAAUUGAUAGUGGCACAGAGCUAUUCUAUCAGCCCAGAUGAUGUGUGUGGACUGGAACUUGGAAUGGCUGAAAAUUCUGGCCCACAACAACAGGAGUUGAUGGACAAGGCAAGAUUUGAAUUUGUUAAAGCAUCCAAGGGUGGCUGUGACCAACUUGCUCAAUUUCAGAAGUUGGAAGGCAAAGAGAGCAUUAGUUACAAGCUAGAGGAUGAUAAUUUAAAUAUUCUCUCUUGA